AUCCGGUACCCUUUACAGCAAGACGAAUGGGAAACACUUCAUAAGACCUAUGACAGUUGUCCGCUGGUUGGGCAACUUUUCAAUAUGCGUGUAUGGCUGUUGCCUCUGACACGCCGCACAGUGUUCUCUCCUAUAGAGACGAUCGUGUUCUGCUCGAUCAUCGGGACACUGGCCUACUUCCAUGUUCUAUCGUACAUCAAACAUGCAGCUGUCACUCUUCCGACUUUUCCCUCUUCCGCACGCCCGUCUCAUGUCAUUCUCCACGAUAGGGAAUGGGUCGGUGUUGAGGAGGAAUGGUACAUGAAGCGCCUAGGCUCUCCAGGUUCCCGAUCGGUUGAGCUCCAGCAGCUAAUAUUCUCUUCGCGUUCCACUUCAGCACAACCUAUAGACAUGACAACUACCCACUCGAAGCUAAACUGGGCGGGCAUUGGACUCUCGCUCGAUAACUUGUCACACUACAUAUCUAAUAACGUCCUGACCAGGACAGGCCAGAAUUAUUCAUCGCUUUGCUACCCCGCUGUCAGCUCAAGUGCUGAUCGCCAGUGUUUUGCUAAGUUAUCUCCGCAAACACCGGAGUCAUGGGUCUUGUCAUUGUCGUUCGUGACCGGUGCUCGGAAACCGUUUGUCGAUUCCCUGAAAUCACGGGUGACCUUCCACAAGGAUCGGUACGGGAUCCAAUAUCUUGUCGAAGGUCAGCCCUCAGCUGAAACGGGUGGAACCAAAGGGAGUAAAUGGGUGAAGUGCGCUGCACGGGCUCUCGCGUCUCGCUUCGCAGAGUCGGUUAAGAAAGCAAACUUACUUGACGCUCUGUUUAUCCUGUCUGGGUACAUUCUCAUGUUUGUUUCAUUCACCCGCCUCUUCUUGCGCUCGCGCGCCUUGGGAUCCAACUUCUGGCUCAGCACAGCCGUUGUCUCUUCAGCCUUCCUCUCUUUUCUGCUUGCUUUGCCAUUGUCGCACUACCUCAACAUUCCUCUCGACCCCGUCAGUCUGACGGAAGCGAUGCCAUUUCUUGUUUCCACAGUCGGAUAUGAAAAACCCUUGCGUCUCGCCAGCGCUGUCUUUAACCAUCGCCAUCUUACCACUGCGACGAAGGACAGCUUCGGGCGGAAUGCAAUGAAACCGGCGGGAGACAUUGUACUGGAAGCCAUGGAAGAAUGCGGCAAUAGCAUCUUCUGUGAAUAUGCCCUCGAAGUCGUGGUGCUUGCCUUGGGUGCCAGGAGCAGAGUCGGCGGCCUGCAGGAGUUCUGUGCGUUGGCUGCGUUACUAUUAACACUGGACUGUGUCCUCUUCGCGUCGUUCUACCCUGCUAUAUUAACUAUUAUGGUCGAGGUCCGACGAAUCCAGACUGCUCGUAAUACCAUUACGAGGUCUCGCAGUUCCAAUAAUCUCACAGCUGAGGGUAGAGCGAGCUGCUUAGUGCGCCCGACGCAACCACAACGGAGAGGCAGUCUUUGGAACAGAGUCUCUAUUGCCCUUCUUGGAGUGAAGGGUGCCAUGCUGAAGCACAAGAAAGGUGUAUCGUCAAAUACCAAUCAGAAUCCUGCGGCGCGCUUGAAACUCCUCUUAGUCUCGACGUUCCUAACCCUGCAUUGCCUCAAUUUCACGACUACAUUGACACCGUUCACUGACCACUACGGUUCCACCAAUCUCGCGCCUUAUCCGGCAGAAGCCCGCAAAGUUGACAUCACCUUCGCGGCUGUCACCGAAGCCUUAAGGAGCUUGGAAACCUUUCACUUCGCCGAGGACAACUCCAGCUCCGGAGAUAUUCUCGUUCAGAUUGCCCCACCCGUGCACUUCCUAGUCAUCCCCCCAUCACGCCCCUCAUCGAGAACCGGCGAGAUGAUAGAUAAUUUUAUGACUGCCUGGACGAAGAUUGUGGGAGACCCUUUUUUGUCGAAGUGGAUCGUUCUUCUUCUCGCUAGCAGCCUCGCACUGAACGGUUAUCUUCUGAAAAGCAUUGCUGAGGGCGCUAUCAGAGGAAUUCACUCUCCCAGUGUUAGGUUUUUGGCUGUUUCUGAUACUAGGGAGGAAACGCUGGAUGACAAGAGCACCCCCCAAUCUCCGGAAUCCACCACUAGUCAGGCACCCCGGCUCUUCGUCGGCAACGAGCCCGAGCAUGUCAUUGAUGCUACGGAGACAAACACCUCAUCUGAUCUCCCAUUUUCUCCUCCUGAUUUGAGUCCCAUCGUCGCUCCAGUAGCUGUCCGCGCGGACGCGGAAAGCUCUCUCCCGGUGUUCCUGCUAGAUAUGAGGCUGAGGGCUCAGUCAAACCCUGAUAGAGGAGAGGAGUCCACCGAGAUGCGUGCUGUGCGCUCGUUGGAGGAAUGCAUUGAUGUUUUUGAUAAUGGUCCGAAGCCGGUGCAGCAUGCGCUGGCGACCCUCAACAAUGAAGAGGUCAUUCUACUAGCACAGAAUGGCAAGAUUGCGCCGUACGCCUUAGAAAGCGUUCUGGGAGACCUGGAACGAGCCGUGGUUAUCAGAAGGGCGUUGAUUUCUCGAGCGAGUACGACCAAAACAUUGGAACGGUCGGACGUUCCUUAUACCAAUUACAACUACUCACUCGUGCUCGGUGCUUGCUGCGAAAAUGUCAUCGGUUACAUUCCGAUUCCUCUCGGUGUUGCAGGACCUCUCAAGAUCGAUGGCGAACAGGUCCAUAUUCCCAUGGCCACCGCAGAGGGUACACUGGUGGCGUCUACUUCGCGCGGAUGCAAGGCUCUCAAUGCGGGUGGGGGGGUGACGACCGUUCUCACCCAAAAUGCCAUGACACGAGGUCCAGCGAUCGAUUUCCCGAAUAUCACUUCGGCUGCUGAGGCCAAGGCGUGGCUAGAUUCCGAGGAGGGCUUCAACAUCAUUCGUGACGCCUUUGAAUCCACCUCCAGGUUUGCUAAGUUGCAGCGGCUCAAGACAGCGAUGGCUGGGCGCACAUUGUUUGUGCGCUUCGCCACUGCUACGGGUGACGCGAUGGGCAUGAACAUGAUCUCUAAGGGAACUGAGAAGGCUCUUGAGGCCAUGCAGAAACAAUUCCCUGAGAUGGCUACUCUUGCGUUAUCUGGAAACUACUGCACAGAUAAGAAACCUGCUGCCAUCAACUGGAUAGAGGGGCGCGGAAAGAGUGUGGUGGCCGAGGCUGUCGUUUCUGGAAAGGUCGUUAAGGGCGUUUUGAAGACGACCGUCGAGGCGCUUUGCAAUUUAAACACGAAGAAGAAUCUCGUGGGUAGUGCUAUGGCCGGCUCGAUCGGUGGUUUUAACGCUCACGCUGCGAACAUCCUCACCGCAAUCUUUUUGGCAACUGGACAAGAUCCCGCCCAAAACGUGGAGAGUUCUAAUUGUAUGACACUCAUGGAACCUACUAAUGGUGGAAAAGACCUCCUCGUCACAGUAACUAUGCCUUCGAUCGAGGUAGGCACUGUUGGUGGUGGCACAAUCCUGGCCCCCCAAGCAGCAGUGCUCGAGAUGCUUGGCACUAGGGGGCCCCAUCUGACUGUUCCUGGACGCAAUGCAGAGCGCCUUGCUCGCAUUAUUUCUGCAGCAGUCAUGGCAGGAGAACUGUCAUUGCUUAGCGCACUGGCUGCCGGCCACCUCGUGCGUGCACACUUGGCUCAUAACCGCUCGCAAACGAACACUCCGAAUUCGUCAAGGCCCGUAACACCAGCGCCCACAACUAACAACAUACGCCAACAACAAGCUACAGAGAGUACGGUAGUACUAUCCCAGCAGCCUCACGUCUCCCUCACGUUGUCUACCAUGCCUUCCCCGCCACCUUAUUCAGUUUCAGAGGCGAAAGGGACAGAUUGAACAUUACAUUACCCGCUAAGUCGCUUUAUUUGUAUUCGGUGCUAAGUACCAUGUACGACACCUACUGUAUUACUGACUUCCACGUUGUCUGUACCUAUUACUGUAACAUGAGACAUUUUUUAAUCGAUGUACUUCUGAGAUGUUUUAUCGCCGCGGUAGCGAUUGUUUUCUGGUUGCUGUGAAAA